GCUUACAUUGUGUCAACGUCCAGAUUUUCUGGUUAGCUCUGCAUGGUACUGCCUUUUAGAAUGUGUGAAUGCUCCUUUUAUAGUCGUAUGAAUGGCAUUUUGUUUCAGCACCACAAAGUUGGACAGCGACACACCGAAUAGGCUUGCUAAUAACAGGUCUGAACUGCUUUCAGUACCACGCUGCACAAUAUAAUUUUUUUUCUGAUUCGAGUCACAAAAAUAGUUUGUUUCAUCAAUCGUUGACAUAACUAGAACACAGACAGUACUUCUAUUUUCAUAAUCAGAUUUUAUUUUAUGUGCAUUAACAUUAUGAGCGACGUGUAACAGCUGGCAUCUUAUUAUUUCUUUCACUCUUUUUAAUGCAUCGAGACAGAUUCUUUCAAGGGCGGCUGUGUCUUUAAAAGCACUGCCCACCCCUUCCUAUUGGAUGGUAGAGAUGAAUAUUGUGCUCCAAUAGGAUUCAGAAAUGUACAAAGAGAUCUACUCCCUCCCCCAUGCAGCUUUAGUAACGUACACACUUAGAUUGCACAGAGCUGGACGAGAGGGAAUGAUGCUCUUAUCGGAAUUAAAAAAGAAAAAAAAAUAUUUAGUUAAUGAACCGAUUUUGGAUCUUUGUUUUGGUUUCUUGCUUUGUGGCAAUGAAUGGCAAUCAUCUGCUUUUCGAUAACCUCAAUGGGGAAUAAUUAUAACGCACCGGGGAUGACAAAGACAAUAGGAUACCGAGACUGGAGAUGGCAGGCUCUUUGGUGGCAUCAUUUCUUUCUCUUGUGGAGUACAAUAAACGGACAGACUCGUUACAGCAUGCCGGAGGAACUGAAACAGGGCUCUGUGGUAGGAAAUCUAGCCAAAGAUCUGGGUUUGGGACUAUCUGAGAUGUUUGACCGUAAGCUGCGUGUCGCCUCUGAGGCUGGUGAGCAGUAUUUCAGUGUGGAUGCGGGGAAGGGCGAGCUGGUGGUGAAUGACAGAAUAGACAGAGAGGCUUUAUGCGGACAAAGCGCCAGCUGUGUGUUGCCUCUGCAGGUUGUUCUAGAAAACCCUCUAAGUUUACAUCGGAUUGAGGUAGAAAUAAAAGAUGUAAAUGAUAAUUCGCCUAGUUUCCACACGAAAGAACUACCUUUAAAAAUUUCGGAAUCGGCAGCAGUGGGAACUCGUUUCUCAUUGGAGAGUGCAGAAGAUUCUGACGUUGGCAGUAAUUCAGUUAAAUCCUACAUGUUGACUAAAAACGACUGUUUUACAUUAAAAAUGAAGGAAGUUGAGGACGGCAAAACAGUCCCGGAGUUGGUGUUAGAGAAGCCCCUUGACCGAGAGAAGAAAGCAGUUCAUCAGCUACUACUGACUGCAUUAGACGGGGGAAACCCGGUUAUGUCUGGUACCUCACAGAUAACAAUCACAGUGCUUGACGUAAAUGACAAUUUUCCAGUUUUCGAUAAAAACAUAUAUAAAGUUUCGUUAGGGGAAAAUACUGCAAAAGAUACUUUUUUCAUCAAAAUUACAGCAACUGAUGCUGAUGAGGGCCCAAACGCAGAAGUUGAAUUCUCUUUUAGUACGCGGACACCGGAUGCCAUCUUAUCAGUAUUUGAAAUAAAUGCAUUAACAGGUGAAAUACAUUUGAAAGGAGACUUAGAUUAUGAAAGAGCAACAUCCUAUACAUUUGAAAUAACUGCGAAAGACAAGGGGGUUCCUGAAAUGGAGAGUCACUGUCGUCUACAGAUAGAUGUUGUCGAUGUUAAUGAUAACACUCCAGAAAUUGUUCUCACCUCUGAACCGCAGCCGGUGCGCGAAGACGCACCAAGUGGCACAGUGGUGGCUUUGCUUAACGCACGUGACGCUGACUCCGGGAAUAAUAGCAAAGUGACAUUGCGACUACCCAAAGGUUCUCCUUUCACGUUAAAACCAUCAUAUUCUAAUAAUUAUGCACUGGUUACAAAUGGUGCUUUGGACCGAGAGAGUUUCUCGGAGUAUAACAUUGAGAUAACAGCCAGUGAUUCAGGCUCUCCUCCUCUGUCCAGUAAGAAAAUUAUACCUGUCAGCAUCACUGAUGUAAACGACAACCCUCCUAUAUUUACUCAACACUCCUAUAAUGUGUAUUUAAAAGAGAAUGGGGUACCAGGCUCUAUACUGUACUCAGUAUCAGCAUCUGACCUGGAUUUUGGUGAAAACGCCAAAAUCUCUUACUCUAUACUGGACUCUAAAGUGCAGGACGUUUCUGUCUCAUCUUAUGUUUACAUUAACUCAGAUAACGGCAGCAUCUACAGCAUGCACUCGUUUGACUAUGAGAAGCUGAAGGUGUUUCAGAUCCAGGUUCAGGCAAAGGAUCAGGGCUCUCCGUCUCUCAGCAGCAACGCCACUGUCCAUGUUUUUAUCCUGGACCAGAACGACAAUGCCCCCGCUGUUAUUUACCCCUCCUCCGCUGCCCUGGGCUCCCUCUCUCAUCAGAGGAUGCCCCGCUCCGCUAAAGCAGGCCACCUGGUUACUAAGGUGACAGCCGUGGACGCUGACUCGGGCCAUAACGCCUGGAUCUCAUACAAACUGGCGGAGGCCACAGACGCCUCUCUGUUCACUGUCAAUCUGUACACAGGAGAGGUGAGGACUAAACGCGCUGUGUCCGAGCAGGACGACUCCUCUCAGAGGCUGCUUAUAGAGAUUCAGGACGACGGGGAACCGGUCCAGUCCGCCACCGUCACGGUGUCCAUCCUGCUGGAGGACGGCCUCCAUGAGCCCAUCUUAGACCUCCGACAGAAAGUGGCCGAGCCCAGCAAGAAAACUGGGAGAAUCACCCUUUAUUUGAUUCUCUCUCUGGCCUCGGUGUCCGUGCUGUCUCUGGUGACUUUUCUCGUCUUAGCGGUUAAAUGCAUGAGGAACAGCAGAAGCAGCGGUAGUUGCUGCAUGAGACGGAGCGACUGUGAUGAUUACAAGAACCCCAACAGAAACCUGCAGAUUCAGCUCAACACUGAUGGACCUAUAAAGUACGUGGAGGUCCUGGGAGGAGACAUGAUGUCUCAGAGUCAGUCCUUCAGGUCCUGUAUGUCUCCGAUGUCAGAGUACAGUGAUUUUACUUUGAUUAAGCCCAGCAGCACCAAUGACUUUAAGGAGGUGAUCAGUGUUCUGGAUGCGUCUUUACCCGACAGCACCUGGACCUUUGAAAGCCAGCAGGUGAGCAGAAAACAAUAGACCUGCUGUGUAAUU